AUGAAAACGUUUAAUGCGAUGUAUAGCAACAGGUUUGCUUCCCAAUUCCGUCGGUUGUUAUCGAUCCAAACUGCAUCCACACCGAAUGACAACGCUCUAAAGUUUAUCACAAAAGGCGUUCGUCUUUUACCACCCCAUAUUCAGAAGUCAACUAUAGAAAUAGAUGAUUUGGCCUCGGCCACAGAGAAGUCUCCCCUGGCUCUCCAAUUGUUUAAAGUACCGGGCGUUAAGAGCAUCCUCAUAGGAGAUGAUUUCAUCACGGUCAAUAAGGUGGACGAAAAACUUAGUAAUAGUGAUCAUUCAAGAUGGCAGUUUUUAAAGCCCCAGAUUAUAAAUGUGAUAGACCGGAGCUUGAGUAAAAGUUCUGAAAAGAAAGUGAAUGUCUUAACGCCGCAGUUUCUUGAGAACAUUUCCAAUGUACACCACGACGAUUACAUCGUGAGCCAAGAACCGUUAGACACAGAUGAUGAUGUAACAUAUGAAAUCAAAGAACUAAUAAAUACAAGGAUAAGACCGGCAAUUCAGGAUGAUGGAGGUGAUGUGCAAUUCCGUAGAUUUGAUCCUGAUGCGGGGAUUGUCUACAUCAAGUUGAAGGGAGCUUGCAAGUCAUGUUCUCUAAGCGAGGACACUCUAAAGCAUGGAAUUGAGUCAAUGUUGCAACACUACGUGGAAGAAGUCAAAGAAGUGAAGGCUAUUUUGGAUCCUGAAGAAGAGAUCAGCCUGAAGGAAUUUGAGAAGUUGGAGAAGAAACUAAUGAGCCGCAGUACUGUGUAA